GGAUUAAAAAGGAGAUCGGCGCAGAAAUACUUAACAGAUCGGUUUAAGGCAGCUACUCUACGUUCACCUUUAACGUUUUUCAUACGGAUCAGCGGCGCACGUCGUCUCCGACGGUACGCUACUGUUAUAGACUAUAAUAACAAUGGCUUCUGGGUCGCCUUCGUCCUCUCCGGACACUGCGACGGGCUCAGGUACAGACCCAGCCCGGCCCGACACGGGGGAGCCUCUCGGUGGAGCAGGCUCAGACUCGGACUCGGACCUGGGUUUGGGCAAAUUUGACUGCAGCGCCAUGGAAAUGGGAGACCGGCUUGAGGGAGAAGAGCUGGAGCGGGAGUUUGAGUCCGCAGCCGAACGCGUACGAGAUCUGGUCCAGACGGCCAGCAGGGACCAGCUGCUUUACCUGUAUGCACGUUAUAAACAGGCCAAAGUGGGAAAGUGCAAUACACAGAAGCCUGGCUUCUUUGACUUUGAAGGACAGAGAAAAUGGCAAGCCUGGAAGCAGCUUGGAGACAUGGAGGGGGAUCAGGCAAUGCAGGAGUACAUUUCCUGUGUCAAUGUGUUAGACCCUGAAGGCUGCACAAAGGAAAGAAGAGGAGCAGAAAGAAGAACAGGCUUCGGAGGAGCAGCAGUCAGCUCUCUAUACCAAGAAGAGAUGAUCAGGGAAGAGGAUAAGAACAUCUUUGACUACUGCAGAGAAAAUAACAUCGACCACAUCAGCAAGGCCAUCAUCUCCCAGAAAGUUGAUGUCAACACGAAAGACGAAGAGGGCCGGGCUCUCCUGCACUGGGCCUGUGACAGGGGACACAAGGAGCUGGUGUCUGUAUUACUGCAACACAAAGCCGACAUCAACAGUCAGGAUAAUGAGGGACAGACAGCGCUACAUUAUGCAUCGGCGUGUGAGUUUGCCGACAUCGUGGAGCUCCUGCUGACGGCUGGAGCCGACCCGUUCAUUAAAGACAUGGAGGGCUCUCUGCCUGAGGAGGUCACUGAAUCCAGCGCCAUCUCCUCUCUCCUGCGUCAGUACACGGCUCCAAAAGGCUAGAUGGCCCACCUGCCGCCCCCCUUCCUCUCUCUCAUCCCUGCUCCACUCAUUUGCCCAUCCUCCUCCUCCUCAUCCCUCCUUCUUCCCUGAAGAGACUCUGUUCAUCCCCAGCAGAUAGUAGACCAGGAUUGCAAAAGUUUUAUUUGAUUUUAUUUUCAAAUACCUGAGGUGAGUUUGAUUUUGUUGGCUCUUUGGAUGCACAAGGUGUAAACAUUGGCCCUUCUGUUUGAUAAGACACAUGAAAUGAAGCACACCACAUGUAUUUCCAUUCAUUUGAACACUAAAUAUUGACUUAAUUUGCCCAGUAGGGCUGGGUGAUAUGACAUACUGUGAGUACUGGUGGAGUUAUACGAAGGUAGUUUACCUCAAAUAUCUCUUGCUGUAUUUGAUUAAUGCAUGCAGUGUUGCAACUCAAUGAGCAGGACUGCUUAUUGGCAAUAAUGAAAGGAUUUGUGCGUCAAUGUGAUGAAGUAUCUGGAUUUGUCAGGUAAUUCAGUCAGAGAACAACCAAAAAAAGACAUUCCCUUCCACUUAUUUUAUCUGUAAACGGUACAAUUUCAGAAAAUUCAUAUCACAGUAUAUAUACUGUAUAUAUAUAUUGUUACUGCGAUAUGAAAGUGAAUACUGUAAUAAAAUAUUUUAUACAUAUCACCCACUCCUACUGCCCAGGUCUGACAAUCAACCAGGCCUUUUAGUCUGGGUCAGCCCUCUCUGACCAUCUGUUCAUGAUUCAGUUGUUACGUUGAAGGAAUGCUUUAAUCAUUUGUCAUUUAUCACAUUAAAGUCUUCAACAAAUA